GCUUUUAUUUAAUGACAAGCUAAACCUGCGAAAGAUUUAUGACAUUAGUUGCUGUUUUUUCACAGCCUGCUUUUUUAACAUGGGAAGGAUGUGUUACUGGCUUGCACUUCUGCACCAGUGGUUCCUCAGCCCCUGGGCAGGUCCUCUCUGCAGCUGAAAGGCAGGGGCAAGGUGAGAUGCGCCAUGUCCAUGGUAAAGCGGCUGCGUAGUUUAGCUGCAUGUUGACUGCAACUUCUUACAGAGAACUUGUUGUGUAUGUGGGCUUUGAAGCCUGCCACCCAAAGAUAACAUCUCUGACACCUCUCGGGUCAGUGGGUUGUGGUCAGCGUCUUACUCUUUGGGACAGAAGCUGUUUUAAUUUAUUUUUGGGUAACACUUAUUUCAUGGUGGCCCACUAUGGAAUGUAGUUAGUCAUAACCGGAAUUUAAAAAAAGAAAAAAAAGAAAAAAGAAAGAAAAAAGGGGGGAAAAAACCCCAAACCACCCAAUUUGGGACUGUGGCUGAAUAACCUAACCAACUUUCUGUGGUUUCCAUGGCUAUUCGAAGUACUUAAAGGAGUGCUGAAAAAAGAUGGAGACACUGGUAUUUUUCACAAAUAUUGCCAAUGUAUAGGGUAUGUGCUCAGUAUUGGAAACUAUCAUUAAAGUCUCUCUAAGUAAUGUGAAACAAUGCAUAAAUUGAGCUAUAUAUUCUAUUUAAGUAUUUGUUCCUUUAAAUAGCAGCUCCAGGGACCCAGGACUGGAAUAGCAGACACUUUGCUGGAUGCAGAUGAGAUUUCACUGGCAGAGCUCUCUAGCGCCUGGCUUAGGAAAAUGUUGUUCCCCUUAUAAAUGCCAAAACUGCAUACCUUUUUACUUCUGUACUGUAGUCUUUAACGUUAUGGCAAGUGUGGCCAGCAGUUGAAGCUCACUGUGGAAUCUUUGGAUCUUGCUGAUACAGUCUGAAAGGACCUUUAGUCUUAAUUUUUUUUUUUAAUUUUUUUUAUUUCCCUCCCCCACAAUUCUGAAAUGGAUGGAUUAUGCUUGUCUGGUAUGCUUUUGUUUUGAAAUGCUCUUAUUCCAUUUGUUUGCUGAGUCAGUAACUUAGGAUAGAUUUCUUAUUUCUUGGAAUUGUAUUGGUGCUGUAAAAGUUAACUUAAUUUCACUACGUAUAAAAAAUGAAAUUGCCACUCCGCCAGCACUGCCUUCUAUUUUGAAAGUAUACUUGCAUGAUGUGCUUAUGCACGUAGUACUUUUAAUUUCCAGCUUUGAUGCCAACACGAGCCCAUUCUGCUUAUUCCCCACAGUUGGAGUUUUGUGUGUUUUGGGGAGGAUUUCUGCUUUGCAGCACCAGCAGUUUUAGCAGCUGUGUGCUUUGAGGCCCCCAUCUCUGCUGGCGUGAGAUCCAGUGGUGGAUGGAGGGAAGGGCAGCAUGGGAGCGGGGUUGGACUGUCCCUCUUUCACAUCUUCUGCAAACCCAAAAGCUGUUGUCGAGUGAGGCAAGGGCCUGUCUGCCACCCGCUUUCUGCAGGGCUGAAGGCGGGAAAAUGGAGCUUGGGUGUUGCAGCAGAUAGUCAUGGCAAGGAAAUGAUAAGCUGGGAGUGAUUUCAAGAUAUUUCUUCAAAAUGAUUUGGGGCUCUCUGAUCAACCAGUUUGGCUGUGAGACUCUGUGGUCUUACAUCAGAUAUGUGUGUCUGCAAACAGGUACAUGAAACCCCCUUUUCUGGGUGGGACAGUCAUUGGUGCUGGAAGAGGAAGUGUCCUGAGAGUAAAAGGCUCACACAAGCCAGCAAAGUGUGUCUGGUUGACUCAAAUGUGGCGCUUGUGCAUUUUGAAUCCCUUGUCAAGGGCUAAGAAAACCCAUCCCUCUUGUACAAUUGCUUGCUAGACAGCAGGGAAUCCUCUGAUCCAUGGUCCCUCCAACGGCUGAGGGAACACUGGGAAAAAGCAUCCUUGGUCUUCUCAAGUCCCUGGCACUGGCCACACACUGCCCCUGUGCUACACACCAGCCACAGUGAGACCCUCAAAAAUGGGAGUGCUGAGGGCUCGGGUCGCUCUGGGUUGGCAGCAGUGAGACCUGAAAGAGAGGUUCCCUGCUCCUAGCUGCCUGAUGAUGUCCAAAAAUGCCUCUUGUGGUCUCGGCUGCUGGGUUGGCCUGCUGCUGCGGUAUUGCCGCUUGUUCCUUGUGCUGCAAAUGCUGCCCCAAGAUCAAACAGUCAACCAGCACCCGCUUCAUGUAUGCGCUUUACUUCAUGCUGGUGACUAUCAUCUGUUGUAUCAUGAUGUCAACAACAGUAGCUAAUGAAAUGAAAACGCACAUUCCCUUCUACAAGCAGAUGUGCAAGAGUAUUCAGGCGGGUGAGAUGUGUGAGAAGUUGGUGGGAUACUCUGCGGUGUACAAAGUCUGUUUUGGAAUGGCCUGUUUCUUCUUUUUGUUCUUCUUAUUCACCAUCAAAAUUAACAGCAGCAAAAGCUGCCGAGCAUACAUUCAUAAUGGAUUCUGGCUGAUUAAACUUAUACUUCUGGCAGCAAUGUGCUCAGGAGCCUUCUUCAUUCCUGAUCAGGACACUUUCCUCAAUGCCUGGCGCUACGUAGGAGCAACAGGAGGUUUCCUUUUCAUUGCCAUUCAGCUCAUCCUGCUCGUUGAGUUCACACACAAAUGGAAUAAAAAUUGGACUGCAGGUGCAAAGCACAAGCAGAUGUGGAAUGGUUUGCUUGCUCUGGUCACUCUCAUGUUGUACUCCGUUGCUGUGGCAGCCCUGGUUCUCAUGGCUCUUUUCUACACACACUCAGAGGGCUGCAUGUACAACAAAGUCCUGAUUGGUGUUCACGGUGGCCUGUGCCUCUUUGUGUCACUGGUGGCCAUAUCACCCUGUGUCCAGAAUCGCCAGCCCCAUUCUGGUUUGCUGCAGUCAGGAGUUAUCAGCUGCUACGUCAUGUACCUCACUUUCUCAGCACUGUCCAGCAAGCCACCAGAAACUAUCCUGGAUGAAAACAAUCGGAACAUCACAAUCUGUGUACCUGAAUUUAGCCAAGGCCUGCACAGAGAUGAAAACCUGGUUACUGGCCUGGGUACGACCAUUUUGUUUGGCUGCAUUUUAUAUUCUUGUUUGACCUCAACAACACGUGCAAGCUCAGAAGCGCUGAGGGGGAUAUAUGGAACACCCGAAAGUGAAGUAGCUCGUUGCUGCUUUUGCUGCAUGCCUGACGGAGAUGCUGAUGCUGAAGAGCACGUUGAAAAAAGGGGAGGCCAGUCUGUGAUUUAUGACGAGAAGAAAGGCACGGUGUACAGUUAUGCCUACUUCCACUUCGUUUUCUUCUUGGCUUCACUCUAUGUGAUGAUGACAGUAACUCACUGGUUCCAUUAUGAAAGUGCUCAGAUUGAAAAGUUCUUCACCGGAACCUGGUCCAUCUUCUGGAUUAAGAUGGCCUCCUGUUGGGUUUGUGUCUGCCUGUACUUGUGGACUCUCAUUGCUCCACUCUGUUGCCCAACCAGAGAGUUCUCAGUGUGAACACUCAGAAAGUCCUUCUGUGUUUUUAUAAUUUUUCUUUUUUUUUUUUCCCCACUGUUACAAAUAUAAUACAAGUCAUUUUGUAAUGAGAAAACACCUAUUUCCCCACUUGUCAUAAGGUACCAGUUAGUAAGUUUUUAGUCAGACUAAAGACAUGAUUGAAGACUUUUUUUACCUUUUUUAAUUUUCACGAACAAGCAUUGCCUAAGGAAACAAAUGUCUUCUAAAUCUUUGUAACGCUGAUGUUUGGAGUGUAGGAAACACAGUUGUUGCAUAAACUGAAGUAAGAAAAGGCUUUUCAAAUAACUGACAAUCUUUCUCUGGCUUCAUUGGCAAGAAAAAAAAAUCAUGGUGCAGAUGUAUCUUCUUCCUCCCUGUGAAUGUUGGAUAUCUUCUAGCAAAUAUGCAUUCCUUUCCAUAUUCUUCUAUUAACUGUGUCCUUUACAGUUUGCAGUGAUGAUUUGGACUGCUGUUCUGUACAGCAUAUAAUUCUUGUAAGUAUUAUCCAGAUAAUUUUUUCCAAAACCGUAACUAAAUACUUCUUUAGAAAUAGAGAAUAUGUAAGAAUUUGAUUGCCAAAGCAUCUACUAAAAAUUCUUUAUCUAAAUAUUAAAUAUAUUAAGUUAUUGUAUACCUAGGUUGAGAAAGGAAUGUACCAAUGAUAAUAGAGUAUUUAUUCUAUUAUAACUUUUAAAGGCACCUGAAUAUUUUAUGCAAUUCAGAUCUGAUCCAGUGGUUAACAGAAGGGGAUUUCUACACAAAAAUUCUUAAACUCUGAAUUUUGUCCAACUUUGCUUUGCCAGCUCUCCUAAAUUGCAAGUUGUAUGGAGUGCACCGGGAUUUAAGAUACGGUACAUUCUCUAUUCAAGAUGUUUGCUGUUCACAAAAUGCUAAUUACAGGAGCACUGCCAGUUGCUGUCAUAUUUAAAAGUGGAGUGCUCAUUUACUUUUCUACCUUGCUGUUUCAACUUGUGUCUAAAGAUCUCCCAGGAUCUUCACUUCUGUUUCUGUUACUAAUUUUAUAAUAUUUUAAAUGCAUUGAUGGUCAGAAAAGGACUGUUGUGCGUCAUCUUCCUUUUCUGCCUGUGUGUUGAUUGGAUAGUAUUCUUUCUAACUGCUGUAUUUUUAUACUCCUCUGUUGAUGUUAGUUUUGCUGUUGGGAUGGGAUUUAGCCAACCAAUCCGUUAAUGGAGACUAGACUUGUUUUGGAGACUUUCCAUUCCAAGUAGUGGGGUAAGCAGUCAGAAAAAAUAAAACCAGAAGACACAAAUGUAACAGCAGCUGCUUUAGUACGUAUGACUGACUUGACAAUAUUAAACCUUACAAUGUCACUUUUAUUGGCUUUAAGCAGACGACGCUGUGGUAGAACAACAGCUCAGAUGCCCUAAAUGCUGAAUAAGGUUGAACCUAGUAUGGUUGUCUACAUUCCAAUGGGGUGAAUUUAUGACUUAAGUAGUCUUAGAGGUUUUGUCUUCUCUCUCUCUACAUAUGUAUAUAUAUAUACACACAAUGUGAAAUAUGCAGGAUAUAAACAAAAUCAACAGAUUUAGCAGUUCUUUUUUUGAUAUAUGAAGGAGCCUUAAAAUAUUCACCCAGUGCUUUCUGCAAAACAAAGAAAAGCACAAAAUAGAGGCCAAUAAGGUGGCCAAAAUAUUUGCAUGCCUUAUUUGAUCUGUUGCAAUAAUUGCUGAUGUACACCUGGAGAGUAAUCCUAAAGUAACAGAUCUCAGUUCUGCUCUUGUUUUCAUUACCAUUUUUACCUGCCUUGUUACUAUGGUUAUCUUAAGGCUUCUGUCCUGCUUGGAGCUUGCUAGGGAUGCGAUCUUCCCAAUCCCCUGUACUCUUACCUCAAACAAAAUCUACAGGUCUGCAGUCCUGUGUACUUACACCACCUACCCCAGUGAUUAGAAGCCUCAAAAUACAUGUCAUGAGAUCUGAGGGAAGGAAGAGUAUGUCCAGAGGUGACUCCCCUGCUGCUCUUCCUGUUUGUGCCUAGGGGAAAAAAGCAGUUGAAGCUUAGCUUGGCCAUGGAGUUAGAAGAGCAACAAAUAGCUCUGGAGAGGAAAGCAGGGUUUUUUCCUUUCCUUUUGCUUCUGCUGGGAGGUUCUGAUCUUGCCAAGAGCUCUGCUAGCAUGGGGGCCUGGUACUAUGUCUCUGUCUGCAUUUGGAGUCCAGCCACACAAUCCUUCUGCAGGAGAAGAGGGCCUUUGUUAAUGCAUUGUCAAUAUAGAAGCCUUUAUCUGUCUCAUCUCUAAGAUAAGAUAAGAGCUUACGGGCUGUGUGAUGAUGACUAACAGUUGUCCCACCUAACUCAUAGCAGUUAUUCUGACAAACAAUCUUGAUCCAGUGCUAGAGCUGUGAGCUGCAGCUGAGAUAGUCCAGGCUCUUGCUCCUCCCUUGGCGAAGGCUUUCCCUAAAGUAUAGAGGCUCGCAGGAGUUGCCUUCUAUUGCCAUGUGUGUUGUACUAUGAGAAACUAAGCUUUGUUUUUUUAAAUUAGCCAUGUUUUAUAUAACAGAACAAUCUGGGCAAGGAGCUCUGCAGAAGGAGGCAUGCACUAUGUCAGGUUAUAAGGCAGGGAAUGGUAACUGUUCUCUGGUUCUCAUAGCAGUCACAAAUGUGGAUGACCUUAACAUGCAUCUUGGCCAAUGGAUGUUCUUGUUUGCAGAAAGACUUAUUUUAUGUAGGCGGUAUCCGCCUGCAUGGGGACUUCCUGCACCUCAUUGUGCUCAAUUUUUUUAUACUUUGUAUUUAAGGAAAUAGGUUUUGCACGGAGGAAACAGGGUUGUAAGAGUAAAGUCCACAGUGAGGCAUAAGUCCAUUCUUCUUACACAGCACUUGCCUCACUGAGUUGCUCCUUCAUCAUUUCCUUCCACUAUUGACCUUAAGCAUCUAGAUCUGCUGGUAUAGGUAGGGUGGGAAUGGGGCAGUGCCUGACUACACUGCUUUGUCUACUUCUGAGCAAACAUUGUGGGAAAUCACCCUGAAAAUAACUUUGAGGACCUCUUUGUUCAUGCUGUGGUCCGAGAUCCAGCUGUGUAUCUCCAGGUCUUUCUAAGGAAUCAGUAACUGGUGGCACCUGGGUGUGCAACACCCCUAGUUCCUCAGUGAGGCACGGCUUCCUGCUGGCCAGGCAAGUGUUACAGCCUUACCAUUCACUGUAAAAUCUGUACUGUGAACUUCCAUGUGCAACUACUUAACAAAAUCCUCAGCAAGGGUCGAGGAUUCAAAUGCCCAGUUUAUAGAUUCCAACCAACUCACGCAAUUGGGCUUUCAAAACCUUCUAAAGAAGUGCCUUCAUACCUACUGCCAUGAUAGCUGGUAAUUCAGGUGGCACUGGAACUGGAAAACCUGAACUGAGCCUGUGACUGGGUGAUGCUGCCUUGUGCGUUACACUGGUGUGUACAAGACUAAGGCAGGCCCAUGGUGCAUAUGGAAGACCAAAAUAAUCUGUGCUUGACAAACCUCUUGGGGUGAGACUGUCUCAGAUAUUACUGCGCAGUGGAAGAUGAUCUGGGAAAACUCACAAAUAGCCCGAUGCUUUCGUAAGUAAAUGAGUAGCUGUUGCUUACAUUUACAUUUAAACUGUAAACAGUUAACUUUCUCUCCCCAUAUCUGAAAGUGCAGGUGUCCGCUCUGCUUGAGGCGGUUAGCUGUGUGGUGUCUAUCCUGCCUUGUGCCACAAUUGUUCAUUGAAUUCCCAGAGGUAAGCAAUGCAGCAUUUCUGGCUCCUAGUAUUUUUGGGCUGUGUGAAGUGAGGAAGCUGUUGUUACAAACACAGGAAGACUAGAGAACAUGUCCUGUACUAAGUUUCCUCUAGUUGAUACUAAUGGUAUCGUUUAAUGGACUCUUGGAGGAGCAGACUGUUGGCACAAGUUAGUUCUGCUGGGAAGGUGAAACAAUUUUAUUAGCACCUUCCUACUUUUUCAAGUUGUCUGUCCUAAGAAAGGAUAUUUGGAGCCUCAGUGCUGCACUGCUGUCUGAGACUGGAAAAAUUUUAGUUUUUCUCAUGAAGGCAAUCGAGAGCUGCAAUCGUGACUGGUUCUUGUUUGCAGUAAAAUCAGUGGGAUGGACUCAGAGAGCAAAUAUCUCAAUCCAAAUAGCUGGACUAAUAUGUGAGACCAUAAAAACUCAUUAAGAAUGUUUGGAAAGCAGAUGAGUAUGCUCGUUUGCUGUUUACCACCUAGUUCCUCAAAGCAUGCAGGCAGCCUUUGCAGCUGGAUGCCAAGUAAGGAACUCCGUGAUCACAAGUUUGUGAUACUCUUAGCUUUGUACUUCAAGCGUUUCCAUGGGGUUCAAAAAGCUCGUUCUUGCCCAGCUAGUUUGUUAAAUCCUGGUUGGGUUCGGCCACUUUCAUCUGAAAUGGAUAAUUCAGUGUUGCUCAUCUAAUGCAUAGUACAGAAGGAGGGCUUGUCCCCUCACAGAAUCAUAAAUACUGCAUGUCUAUUUAUUUAUUUAUUUUGUGUUUUAGCACCUUUUUACAGAUCUAGAAGCGCUUUGAGAUUGUAAGCUAUGCACCUAUAAAUGCUUCAUCAGCCACUGGUGCGGCCAUUUCUGGGCUAGAACGUUGGGAUUAAUGAAGCAACCAUUGCACUCGUGAAAAAAAAGUUCUUCUUUAACAGUUCUCUGGUUUUGACCAGUGCAUCAGGAAAAUUUGGGAGCUCAAGACGGUGCUGCUUGAACUUUGUCUAGCAGCCCACAGUAUCAUGGGCAUCUCUGAAGAGAUUGGUAACAGAAUAAUCUGCUGACUGCUUUUAAAACAUGCUAUAAAGAUUUUAUGCUAUCAGCUGUUAGGCUUUUCUCCUAAGUAAGUUGCUGAAGCAAGAUACCACAAGACUGUACCUAUGUAGCUAGAUGAGUGAGCUCAAGUCUCCAUGCAGGCUUAAGCUAAAACUUUAAGCUACUGUUUUGCUCUCGUCUUUCCUUCUGGGCUUUAGAAGCAAUGUCUUUUGCUUGCUGGUUGUCUCUCCUUGUUUUAUUUGUGUUUUUCUCCUUUGAUUUGUUUUUAAAGGCAUUGUAAACCCGCUUCACUCCCAUUCUGCUUCCUGUCAAGUGGGAUAUCUUUGGUGCUAGAAACUAGCAAAGAAUUCUUUGCUAUGUCUUCUUGAUCCUUUUAUAGCAGGGCAAACUGCAGUGUUAAAGUCAAGGAUCAUAGUUUAUUAUAUGGAUCACUUUUCCUCUAUGAAAACUGCUUCUUUGUUUUUUGAAAUGGCCUACAAGUUCUUGUGGGAGGAAAACACAUAAUCAGUGCCAUGACAUCUUACUUUGUGUUUUUAAUUUUGUAAAAGUAGUUUGAACUGAGCGUUUCACAUGACUGUACAAUGGAAUGCCAGGGGUUGAGUGCUUAGAAAGCUUUGGCUUUUUGUACUUGUAACAGAAGGCAUAACUUGGGAACUGGUGUAUCUGUGUGUUUUCAUCGUCCUGAUAGCAGAAUGCCCACGUGCCCAAGGAUGGGGAUAGAAUCAUAGAAUGGUUUGGGUUGGAAAGGACCUUAAGAUUGUCUAGUUCCAACCCCCCUGCCAUGGGCAGGGACACUUCACUCUAGACCAUGUCGCCCAAGGCUCUGUCCAACCUGGCCUUGAGCACUGCCAGGGGUGCAGCCACACUGUGCAGGGUUUGAAGUAGAAACUUAAGGAAACUGGCAUGGUGGCUGCUUUCUAAUGCCAGAUGAAACUCUGUAGGCGUCAAGGGGGGCUUAAAUCCAGGUUGGUUUGGUUCGUUUGUUUUUUUAACCAAACCUGUCUUCCACUCAUUCCACACCUGUUCAAUAACGUUACUUUUUAAAGUUGGAAUUUAUUUCAGAUGCAAGCCCCGUUUGCCAGUCUCCAAUAGCUCCCAGUGCUGUAAUGUACAGCCAUUUGCACAAACUCCUUCAGAGCCACAGUCAUCAGCUUUGAGACCAUUCCAGCAGCUGAAAGCUUCCAGGGCUUUUGCUCAGCAGAGCUGCGGGGUGCACUGCUGCAGCCACGCUUUUGCCAAAGCAGCCUCGGGGUGAAGCCAACAAGAAUUUUGGAAAGCUAUGGGGAAAUAAUAUCUUUUAACUCAUACCAGGGCUUUACUUCUCCUUUAACUGACACAUGUCCAGGUGCUUGGGUGUCACUGGACAUCCAUACAGGCAGACUUACUUAAGGCGAGGAGCAUUGACUUUCAGAGAAAAUUGUUCAACUUGCGACAUGCAAGAUGAGAAAAUAGUGACUAAGAACAUAAGGGUUCACUGUCUGCUUUUUGUUUACCACGAUGAGCAGUGUCCGGUCUGGUAUAUGCCAUGUUCAAAAACUGGAUGCAAAGUAGUCAAAAUGUAAACACAUUUUCUUUGCGAUGAGGGGAUUUUAAUUAGUCUUUUACAAGGGUCUUAAUAUCUCAAGGGAACUUUUUUGGUGUGUAUGUGUGGUUUUAUUUUAUUAAGCUGUAGCCCAGGGAAGUGGAGGUUUGCUAGUUUAUUUAACUUUUUUUGCGAGUUUUUGUGAUCUGUAGUAACUGUAACACUUUGACUUUUAAGGAUUGGUAAAGAUCCCAGAAUUUUAAAAUCUUAAUUGUAAAAUAGUCAACAGCUUUGCCUUUUUUAAAGCAUGUUAAUGGUUUUUAUGGACACUUACUUUUGUAUACCGAGUGAAUGUAUUGUUAUAGAUUUAUUGUUUAAUGGGCCAAUAAAGUUUUUCUUACAUUUGAAA